AUGGUUGGACAGAGUAUGAACUUCAUGCAGACUAAGUUGCAAGGUGCUGCAAGAGCCUGGUUAACCAGAUUGGACGAUUACAAUUUGUCAUGGCAGGCGUGGAAGGUGUCCCUUAGCAAGGCGUUUCCUAGUGAGCACGACUACGCCGAGCUGUUAACGGAGAUGCUGGCGAGAGUCAAAGUGACGGGCGAGACCAUGACUCACUAUUACCAUGAUAAAAUAACGUUGAUUGGUCGGUACAGAAGCGUUAUCGUGUUUGAUUAG